GAGAGGGGCAAGCUUUGCGUCCCAGCACUGAGGCAGGAGACCUCUGUGAGUUCCAUGUCAGCCAGAGUUACACAGUGAGACCCUGUCUCAAAAGGGGAAAAAAAAGAAAGAAUAGAAAAAGAACAGAAUAAAAAAAGAAAAAGAUGAAAAAGAAAGAAAGAAGGAGAGGGCCACGAGGAGGCUUCAAAUAAGUUGCAGGAAGAAGUGUUCGCAUCAACUCGGUUCUGAGGGAUUUGUAGGACCGACAGGGGGAAUGCCUUAGGCUGCAGAGGCUGAAGGACCUUGGGUGCAAUGUUGUGGGCGCGGGGGAACUCGGAAGGUGUUAAGGCAGAGGGCAGAGCACUCACUGGGAGUGAGUGGCCCAAGGCCUAAGGUUCCGUUUUCUCCCGCACGCGGUUGCUGACGGCUCGGUUUCCUCCAGAGUUAUUUUCACCUCCUUCCUGUUUGUCUCCAGCAGCCCAGAGAGAUGGGUCAGGCACCAGCCUCAGCGCCCCCACUAGCUGCUCCCCGGAAACCACACGUCAGCGCUGUACCCAGCGCCCAACCCCACUCCCCCUCAACCUCCCCACCGCACAGACACAGGGAGAUCGAGACCUGGGCCCCGCCUUACGGGAGGGGGGGCUUCAAGGCGGCUCCCAGAGAGGAUGGGAGCAGCCGGUCUCCGGAGAGGGGGCUGAGUCUGCUUUUCUGGGGAAGCCCUAAUCUACUGGCCUUCCGCACCCAAGCAUCCUUGGAUGUUGGCCUGGAGCGCGAGGUCACCGGCUGGCUGUGACCCCAAGCCUUAGCAGGACGUGGAUCACCAGUGUACCCGCCUCUGGGGCUGGGUUUCUCUAAACAGGACAGGAACACAACCCCCAGAUAGUCGUCAAGGUGCAUUUGAGACAGCAACUGGCCACCGCGAGGCCCUUUCUCUGGAGCCUUCUCGUGCACUGGACUUCCAACUCUGAGCCUCAGUUUCCCCGCAAACCCCACACUCAUUUGCAGCCAAAUUCCUCCUCCUCCACGGUUAGGAAACGGCCUUGCGCGGGCCUAUGGAGCAUAGGGGGUGGGACUGUUCCCAGAAGGAGGCGGGGCCUGACGACCGGCUUAAGCCGGUUUGGCUGUUGGCCAGCGGUCUGAAGACCCCAGACGCUCAGGACCCGGGUCCCUGGGCCACACACUAGCAUCCGUCCUUUCCUGCAUCCCUGAGCCAUGUGUGUCUGUGGGAUGUUGCGCCCGGUGCUGGACCACGGCCCCCAGCGCUGCCAAACGGGGUCCCAAGACCUCCUUGAGGCCCGCCGGCCCCUGGCCCAUGAGUGCCUAGGCGAAGCCCUGCGCGUGAUGCGCCAGGUCAUCUCCAGAUACCCACUCCUGAACACCGUGGAGACGCUCACAGCUGCCGGCACGCUCAUUGCCAAGGUCAAAGCUUUUCAUUACGAGAGCAACAACGAAGCGGAUAAACGGGAGUUUGAGAAGGCCCUGGAGACCAUCGCUGUGUCCUUCAGCUGCACUGUCUCUGAGUUCCUUUUGGGUGAAGUGGACAGCAGUACCCUUCUGGCCGUGCCCCCCGGGGACCCCAGCCAGUCCAUGGAGAACCUUUAUGGACCCAGCAGCGAGGGGUCCCCGCCCGGUGUGGAGGAACCUGAGGAGGGCUGCCUGCCCCCUAAGGAGGUGGACAUCCUUCUGCAGCGCUGCGAGGGGGGCGUGGACGCCGCCCUACAGUACGCCAAAGACAUGGCCAAGUACAUGAAAGACCUCAUCGGCUACCUGGACAAGCGGACCACUCUGGAGAUGGAGUUUGCCAAAGGUCUACAGAAGAUUGUCCACAGCUGCAGACAGAGCGUCACUCAUGAGCCCCACAUGCCCCUCUUGUCCAUCUACGCGCUGGCCCUGGAGCAGGAUCUGGAGUUUGGUCAUGGCAUGGUGCAGGCCGUGGGCACACUGCAGACCCAGACGUUCAUGCAGCCCCUGACGCUGAGGCGGUUGGAGCAUGAGAGACGCAGGAAGGAGAUCAAAGAAUCUUGGCACCGCGCACAGAGGAAGCUGCAAGAGGCAGAGGCCAACCUGCGCAAGGCCAAGCAGGGCUACAAACAACGCUGCGAAGACCACGACAAAGCCCGGCUCCAGGUAGCCAAAGCCGAGGAGGAGCAACAGGGCACAGGCCCAGGAGCGGGGACUGCAGCCUCCAAGGCCCUGGACAAAAGGCGGCGGCUGGAGGAGGAGGCCAAAAACAAGGCCGAGGAGGCAAUGGCCACUUAUCGCACGUGCGUGGCGGACGCAAAGACACAGAAACAGGAGCUCGAGGACACAAAGGUGACAGCGCUGCGGCAGAUCCAGGAGGUCAUCAGGCAGAGUGAUCAGACCAUAAAGUCGGCCACCAUCUCCUAUUACCAGCUGAUGCACAUGCAGACAGCUCCCCUGCCCGUGCACUUUCAGAUGCUCUGCGAGAGCAGUAAGCUCUACGACCCGGGCCAACAGUAUGCGUCGCACGUGCGUCAGUUGCAGCGAGGCGAGGAGCCCGAUGUGCGCUACGACUUUGAGCCUCAUGUCUCCGCCAACGCCUGGUCCCCCAUCAUGCGUACACGGAAGGGCAGCUUCAACCCUGAGGAUGCUACAGGACCCGAAGCUGCAGGCAGUCCCCCCGAGGAAGGUGGCGCCUCCGAGGGGGCUCCCAGCAAGGACCACAGGGCUGGGCGUGGUCACCAGGUCCACAAAUCCUGGCCUAUCUCCAUCUCAGACCCCGAAGUUGGCCUGGACGCCAGCUCAGGGGACUUGAAGAAGUUCGAUCGCACAUCGUCCAGUGGGACCAUGUCGUCCAGUGAGGAGCUGGUGGAUCAGGAAGCUGGCUUGGUGGUCUCAGCCUUUGAUUCAGCUGACCUCAAUGGUAUGGACCCUGAGUUACCUGUGGCCAUGCCCAGUGGGCCCUUCCGCCACGUGGGGCUGUCCAAGGCGGCUCGCACACACCGACUUCGGAAGCUGCGCGCGCCGGCCAAGUGCAGAGAGUGCAAUAGUUAUGUGUACUUCCAGGGAGCUGAGUGCGAGGAGUGCUGUCUGGCUUGUCACAAAAAGUGUUUGGAGACUCUGGCCAUCCAGUGUGGCCACAAGAAGCUUCAGGGCCGCCUGCAGCUGUUUGGACAGGACUUCAGCCAUGCAGCCCGCAGCACCCCUGAUGGCGUGCCCUUCAUUGUCAAAAAAUGUGUCUGUGAGAUUGAACGGCGGGCCCUACACACCAAGGGGAUCUACCGGGUCAACGGCGUGAAAACGCGCGUGGAGAAGCUGUGCCAGGCCUUUGAGAAUGGCAAAGAGCUGGUGGAGAUGUCUCAGGCCUCACCCCACGACAUCAGCAAUGUCCUAAAGCUGUACCUGCGGCAGCUGCCGGAGCCCCUCAUCUCUUUUCGCUUUUACCAUGAGCUGGUGGGGCUAGCCAAGGAGAGCCUAAAGGCAGAGGCUGAGGCCAAGGCUGCGAGCCGGGGCCGGCAGGACGGGUCCGAGAGUGACGCCGCAGCCUUAGCCAUGGUCGGCCGCCUGCGUGAGCUCAUGCGGGACUUGCCUGCGGAAAACCGGGCCACACUGUUGUACCUGCUGAGGCACCUACGAAGGAUCGUGGAAGUGGAGCAGGACAAUAAGAUGACCCCUGGGAACCUGGGCAUCGUUUUCGGGCCCACGCUGCUGCGGCCGCGGCCCACGGAAGCCACCGUGUCCCUCUCCUCCCUGGUAGACUACCCGCACCAGGCCCGUGUCAUUGAGACUCUGAUUGUCCACUAUGGCCUGGUCUUUGAGGAGGAGCCAGAGGAGGUACCUGGCGGCCAGGAGGGGGCAUCCACCCAGUGUGCCCAACUGGAGACUGCUGAGGGCCUUGUCUUCCCCCUGCAGGAGGCUGAGGAUGGAGGCCGAGAAUCCCGAAUGGCGUCCAAUGACUCAGACUCGGAGCUGGAAGAGGCCUCUGACCCACUGUCAUCCUCAGACGCCAGCGCCCUGCACCGCCUCAGUUUCCUGGAGCAGCCGGAGGUGGAGGCAGGUCUGGAGGAAGGUCCCCAGAGCCGCAGUGGCAGCGAGGAGCAACUGGAGGGUGGAGACCCAGGCCAGCAGCUGUGGGCCUUCAACACCAACCAGUCCAACAACACGGCACGGGUCCCUCUGCCUGCCAUGCGGCUCCGAGGGGGGCAGAUUACAUAUGGCACCAGUGGGGACCGGCGGCCACAGUUUGUCUGAACUGGGUCGUGAUGGUGGCGACUGUCAGCCACUGCCAACCACUGUAAGGGUGACUAAGGCCCCUUGACUGGGAGGGCUGGUUUCUCAGAACACUGAGAAAGGAACUUCAGGGCGCUCUGGUACCCUGGCACUGUCGGGUGUGGCCUGACUCGGCUGGGCAUUGGUCCCAGAUGGAGUGAGCCUGUGCAGAUGCAGCAGCUGGAUUCCCAUGGUCCCCUCAUUGCUCCUGUGGUCCCCAUCAGCCCAGGGUGCAAGCCACACCCUUCUUGGUCAUUCUGGAUGGGCGCCCACUCAGGACACCGUGUAGUGGUGCAGGCGUGGCUUCUGUGUGCGGAACUGGGGCAGCUCUGGUGUCGGGAUUCUUGCAGAAAGCUAAGCACAGAUAGCGAAGAGCUGAGGGUACAGUGGGCCUCUCCCCAGGUGCAGUGGAUUAGUUUUUCACAUGCACCCCCUUUUUGCUUGAAAUAAAGUUCUUAACCAACCGA